GCUGCCUCUCCUUAACUUCUCCGACAAUACUGCUCCACUUCCCUGGGUUCUACCAUUUUGUAAAUCUGCUGCAUCUGUGAAUCAGCAUAGCUGCAGUGGAGGAUCUAGUUCAUAGGAUUUACUAUAAAGACAAGGUGGGUGAGGUAAUCUCUUUUAUUGGACCAACUUCUGGUGGUGAGAGACACAAGCUUAAGCUUUACCCUGUGCACACAGUAAGUACAGAGUGCAGCAGAAGCUGACAGGGUUGGGGAUUUUUUUUAUACAGUGCCUGCCAAUGAGGGCAGCACCAUGAAAUCUGUACUGGAGACAGCAAUGAACCCUUCUGGAGCAUGGCUGAAUGGAGCUGUCUCCCAGAUGUUUCACCUGAUGGCCGUGGUGUGCCUUGCCUGUGUGGUUCUGAAAGCAAUCCAGCUGUACCGGAGGAAGCAGAAACUACUCAAAAUCUUCAAACGUUUCCCAGGACCUCCCACCCACUGGCUGUAUGGCCACCUUCAAAUGCUUCAACAAGAGGAUGAACUAGACAAUACAGCGUCCUGGGCAGAACAAUACCCACACUGUUACCCCAUGUGGAUUGGCAGUUUCUUAGGAUUCUUGUGCAUCAACCACCCUGAAUAUGCCAAGGCGGUCUACAGCAGAGGAGACCCUAAGUCUCUUGUGACAUACAGUUUCCUGGUUCCCUGGAUUGGGCAAGGAUUGUUGAUCUUAAAUGGGCCAAAGUGGUUCCAGCAUCGGAGGCUGCUGACACCAGGGUUUCACUAUGAUAUUUUGAAACCUUACGUGACCAUGAUGGCAGAUUCUGUCCACGUGAUGCUGGAUAAAUGGGAACAGCUGAUCACACAGGAUAAGUCAGUGGAGCUCCUUGAACAUGUCAGCUUGAUGACUCUCGACAGCAUCAUGAAAUCUGCCUUCAGUUACCAGAGCAACUGCCAGACUGACAGUGACAACUUAUAUAUCCAAACGGUCAUGGACCUCAGCUUGAUGGUGUAUCAGAGAAUCCAGACCCCCCUGCAUCACAACCAUCUCAUUUACUGGCUCAGUUCUCAAGGGCGUCGAUUCCGCAAGGCCUGCAAAUUAGCACAUCACCAUACCGAUAAAGUGAUCAGAGAAAGAAAGGAGUCCCUUAAAGAUGAGCAAAAGCUUGAAAAGAUCCAGAAGAGGCGCCACCUGGACUUUCUGGACAUCCUUCUGAGUGCUAAAGAUGAAAAUGGAGCUGGAUUAUCCGAGGAAGAUCUACGUGCCGAGGUGGACACGUUUAUGUUUGAAGGUCACGAUUCCACGGCUAGUGGAAUCUCCUGGCUCUUGUACUGCAUGGCCCUGCACCCAGAGCACCAGCAGAGAUGCAGGGAAGAGAUCAAAGAGAUUCUGGCAGACAGAGAUACUGUUCAAUGGGAUGACUUUGGGAAGAUGACCUUCACCACCAUGUGCAUCAAAGAGACACUUUGUCUUUACCCUCCGGUACCUGUCGUAGCACGAGGACUCAGUGCACCUGUAACAUUUGUUGAUGGACGUACCUUACCAAAAGGCUCCCUAGUUUCACUGAAUAUUUAUGGUCUUCACAGAAACCCCACAGUCUGGCACGAUCCAGAGGUCUUCGACCCUUUGAGAUUCUCACCAGAGAACUCAGCUGGACGCCAUUCCUAUGCUUUUCUGCCGUUUGCAGCUGGACCCAGGAGCUGCAUCGGGCAGAGGUUUGCCAUGAACGAAAUGAAGGUGGCUCUUGUGAUGACUCUGCUACGCUUUGAACUCUCCCCUGAUCCAGCCAAGCCCCCACUCAAAAUACCUCAGCUCAUUUUGCGCUCCAAGAAUGGGAUUCACCUGCACCUGAAGAAAGUUCAGUGACACUUAGAUCACUGGGACAGGAGUGUGAUACAUGACAGAGUUUAAUCUAAAUUUGAUUGAAUAACUAGAGCUGGGUGGGAACUGAAAUUUCCCUUUCAGAAUUGCAAUUCUCACAAAAUGAAUUUUUAAAAAAUCAUUUUAAUAAAAUUUUAAAAAUUGUUCUGAAAUUAUCUAAACUUUUUGCUCUGAUUUUGACUUUUAAAUAAAAGGCAAAAUGAAAAGUCGUUCUGAAAUAAAUAAAUCUAAACCUGUACCAGUGUCAAAAAACAUUGAUAGAUUUUUUUUUUCUAAACAAAAUUCUGUCCAAAGCAACAAUUCCUGUCAAAAUUUUCCCAGUCGGUUCUAGUGAAAACAAAGGCUGUGUUUUAUUUCUGCAGAUGUAUCCCUGCUAACUCUUCAUUGUGAUUAACUAAAAAAUUAUUGGGGGGGGGAAGGGCUAUGGAGAUGCAGCUGUGUAUUUUGAUUGAUCAUCGUAAUAGUUUAACAAGGGCUUAGCGUUGUACAGAAGAGAGAGAGAGAGGACAGUGUCCCAGCUCUGGGAGAUUUGCAGAGGGGCUAGAUUCUGACACAAAGGGUGAAGGAUGGACGGGAGAGAGUAAGGAGACUUCCUUUUCCUGUCCCCUUGUAUGCUCUGUACACGGGCCUGCCAGAUUUCCAGCGCCUGUGUAGGGAUCACUUCCUCUGAGGGAGCGAGACGAGUAGGUAGGGAGUUGUACUGGUUUACCCCAGAAAGGGUACUGCAGUAAGUCCACCAAGGGACGGGAGUGCUCUGCAAUUCCUGCUGGAGUAGUGUGCCUCCCCCAGGGCGAUGAUAUGCUUAAUAGGAAGAAGCCCUACAUAGCGGUAAUGACAAUUAUUGUUUAUUUACAUGAGUGUUUAGAAGCCCCAAUCAGGGAUCGGGACCCAGGUGGGCUGUUUGGGCACUGGCCACUCCACAUGCUUCUAGAUAGGACAUGUAUCAGAGGGGUAGCCGUGUUAGUCUGGAUCUGUAAAAGAGUCCUGUAGCACUGUAUAGACUAACAGACGUUUUGGAGCAUGAGCUUUUGUGGGUGAAUACCUAUUCACCCACGAAAGCUCAUGCUCCAAAACAUCUGCUAGAUAGGACAUAAAUCAAUGGCAGGUUCGUUGCACAAAAGUUGCCUCUCUCUUUAAUCUUCCCCUGCCUUCCAUUCAGGGCAAUGCAAAGGCUUAUCUGGUGCCAUGGGACGGCCUGAUUCAGCCCUUCAGCUAACUAAAUUAAAGAGAGUGCAAAUCCUGGUCUACACUGAAAAGUUCUACAGGUAUAACCAUGUCGGCGAGGGGUGUGAUUUUUCAUUGCUGGUGUUAUACCAGUAAAAGUCCUAAUGUGGAUUCACUGACACCAUUAUUAAGGUGACUUAUACCCAUAUAGUUAUUCCCGUCCCAUACAGAAACAGCUAUACUGGUACAGAGUACACUUAUACCCAUAUAGCUGCAUCCACACAAGGGAGGGGAGUUGUCCCACUUUACCUUUAGUGGCAUAGUCAAAGCGGCACAACUUUCGACUGUACACUGUAGAGCAAAAUUGUGUGUGGCAGAUCAGGCAUCCCAACGACCCAGCAAGCAAAUUAAUCAAUGUUUGUAAGGAUUAAAUUCAAGUGUGACCCCUUUUAUCAACUUGUUUGUAUCUAAAUUAUCUUGAGA